AUGUCGCUCUUCACCUCGCUCCUCGCGGUGGUCCUCCUCGCGGGCACCGUCGCGGAAGCGGGAAGCGCCAAGCAGAACGGCACCGCUCUGCGCAAGUCGGUCGUGCAGGUGGCCGCCAACGGCGCGGCCACCGCCACUUGCGGGCCGCUAGAUGCGCCGGAGAAUGCACAGUGCAAGGAGGUCGUGGAGUGGGCGGCGGGCGGCGGCAAGUGGGACACCAAGGCUGGAAGUUGGUAUCGCAACAUGCCCAACAUCGCGGGGGUGAAGCAUGACCAGGCCACCUUGGCGGAUUUCCAGCGGCUGUACUACUGCGCACCACCUGGGAAGGACAAGUUCUGCGGUUUGCCGCCCUGCACCGGUUGCAGCGAACCGCCCUGCACCGAUUGCUUCGCCGGGCAUCAGCUCUACGCGUCCAUGCGGCCCGGCUGCGAUGGCAACGACCGGAGCAUCGGCUGUGUGCCACCCAAGACGGCGAUGGGAUAUAAAGGACAGCACUGGCCCACCACCGUGGUGCAUGGCGCUCAGGAGAUGCACAUCUUUGCCAUUGGCGACUGGGGCGGCAUGGACGGCUCCCUCGACACAGCGCAGGGCCGGCUCAACAUCGUGGCCUACGACUGGGGCAAGCGGCCGGGACCCAGCGUCUUCCCGCGAAGCCGGUGGAACAAGGCACACACCGUGCAGUUGUGCGACCACAAGCAGUUGGUGGAGUGCUUCAACACGCGAGGUCAACCACCCUGCAUCCCAGAGUGUGGCUAUGUACCUGGUGUGGAUGACAAUCCACAAAUACUGGUGGCCGAGGCCUUCAAAGCGCGAGCUGCCUUGAAGGAUCCUCAGUACAUUUUGAAUGUCGGCGACAACUUCUAUUGGGGCGGCAUCGAGAAGACCUGUGGCGAACCGAUGAACAAGAUCGCUUACCCUACGAAGCAUCAGUUCGAUCAGAUCUUUGAGGGUGUCUACCAAGGGGCAGGUCUCAGCCACAAGCCGUGGUUUUCGGUCCUGGGAAACCAUGACUGGGGAGGCUUCAAGUUCGGCAAUGCUUGGGAUCAACAGAUGUCCUACACCUGGGCUUCCAACCGCUGGGUGCUACCGGCCCCUUACUACAAGACCUCGGUGAGCUAUGCGGAUCUGGGUUUUGACGUGGAUUACUACUUUUUGGAUUCCAACUUCGUGGAUGCCAAGCCUCCUGAGGAGGAUCCCAAUCACAACAUGUGCAGUCGCAAGAACAACAAACCGUCUGCCACCUGCGGAGCAGCCGAUGGCCCCACUAGUGUGGAUAGCUGCCCUGCGUGGUUUGCCGCCUUGUGGGCUGAGCAGAAAGACUGGGUCACUCAGCUUUUGCCCAAGAGUCAAGCGACCUGGCAGAUUGCAGUGACACAUUUCCCCUGUGGUCAUGAGCAGGGCUUCUACAAGGGCCUGGCGAACAUGGGCUUGGACUUGUUGGUGACAGGCCAUCGACAUGACCAGGAGUUGUGGUUUCCGGAUGACUAUGCCAAGAACCACAUGGGCAUCACCUGUAUCGUCACGGGUGGGGGGGGGUGGAAUCACCUCUGA